AUGUCUCUAUUUUUGUCUGUCGACACAAAGAUAGCGGCCCCUAUCUACAAGCAGUUUGGUGCCUCACGGCGUCUGGUUCUAUAUGGCACUGUCAAGGCGCACGUAAGAUAUUUCACUAAAGUACUAUACCAUUCAGAAUUUAACUUUGACGUGAGUAACCAGCCUAACUCUUGGCCAAGCCUAUCCUUCAUAGGUACCCUAGCCGGCGAUCGUGCAAAAGGAGCGGUCGAGUAUUGGAAGCUAGGCCAAAUGUCAAGGAUAAAAUACGCUAUAGAUGUUGAGAAAUCAGUUAUCAGCAACAACUGUGAGGCACGCGGUUGGCAGUGCACAUCCCCAGACGAUGACUGGCAUUUUUUCUGGGCCUCCGUUCAAAGUGUGCGUGCAAUUUUCAAUAAUGAUUCCGGAUAUCGUCUGAGUGACAACCAACUAGUGAAUCAUUUUCCGAAUCACUUCGAGUUGACUCGCAAAGAUCUUAUGGCGAAAAAUAUCAAACGUUAUAGAAAAGAGUUGGAAAAGGAGGGAAAUCCAUUGGCAGCAAAAGACGAGACGGGCAGAUAUCUCUAUCUGGAUUUCAUUCCGGUCACUUAUAUGUUACCCCAGGACUACAAUUUGUUCACUGAAGAGUUCAAACGAAACCCAACACUGACGUGGAUUUUGAAGCCGAGCGGAAAAGCACGUGGAAUAGGUAUAUUCUUGAUCAAUCGAUUAUCACAGUUAAAAAAGUGGUCACGAGAAGGACGAAUGGGAAUGAUGCUUGGAUCGGUUCCGAGUUACGUGCGGGACUCAUACGUCAUCUCCAGAUACAUUGAUAAUCCCCUACUGAUAGGUGGUAAAAAGUUUGACCUUCGUCUCUACAUUCUUGUGACGAGUUUUCGACCUCUGAAGGCAUACAUUUACAAACUAGGUUUUUGUCGAUUCUGCACCGUAAAAUAUAACACCGACGUAACCGAACUAGAUAACAUGUUCGUUCACCUAACCAACGUAUCUAUUCAAAAGCACGGAGCUCACUAUAACAGUUUGCACGGUGGGAAAUGGACCAUUGAAAAUUUUCGUCUGUGGCUGGAAGGCACCAAAGGCAAAACGGUUUCGGACAAACUCUUUGACGAAAUUCACUGGAUCGUACUCCACUCCCUGAAAGCUGUCGCUAGCGUGCUGAUCAACGAUCGACAUUGCUUCGAAUGUUACGGAUACGACAUUAUUAUCGAUGACACAUUCAAACCAUGGUUGAUAGAAGUUAAUGCAUCCCCGUCUUUGUCCGCAACCACAGCAAGUGAUCGUAUAUUGAAAUACAAAUUGGUGAAUGAUGUUAUUAACAUAGUUGUCCCAAACGGAUUGAUUCCAGAUGCUAAAGGCAGCAAAACUGUCAGUCGAGAACAGAUGGGACAAUUUGAUUUACUCUACGAUGAAGAAAAGGCGAUGGAAGAAGCUAACCCAUUGAUGUGGCCCGUCUCGGGGUCCCCAUCCAGGAAGACGGCAGUGACUAGUGCAGCUGAGUUUGCUGGUAAUGGCCUUCAUACUUCGCUGCCAAGUCAUUGGUUGACCGCCUCUGACUCUCUUCCAUCCUUCACGUGGUUGUGCGAAAAGAGCCCUUCGAGGAAAUCGGUCGACUGGCAUACGCAACACGUGGCCAAGCCAGCGCAACCUAUGAAGCGUGAUCAGUUCACCUAUCGAGGGUGA